CACCAAGAACUUGGAAAAUAUUUACAAAUUUGCAAAUUUUCUAAACAUUACAACCGGUAAUAAACAAAAUGACAGUAAUUGCUGGUGGCCAUGGUGAACCCAAUCCGAAUAGUACUUGGCUGGGUGCUCGUGGUAUGUGGCUGGCUUAUUUAUUGGGAGUGUUAGCAGCUCAUUUGAUAUUGUUGUCGGUGCCAUUUAUUAGCAUACCCAUGGCCUGGACAAUAACAAAUUUAAUGCACAAUGCAGCCCACUUAUAUUUCCUGCAUUUAAUUAAGGGGGCUCCUUGGUUUUCGAUUGAAAAUGAUACCGGCCGACAAUUAACCCAUUGGGAACAAAUCGAUGAUGGUGAGCAAUUUACCGCAACACGUAAAUUUCUUACAGCUGUGCCCAUUGUUUUAUUCCUGCUUUGCUGUUUGUAUACCCGCAAUGAUACCGAUCAUUUUAUAGCCAAUUUUAUUUCCUUGGUCAUAGUCACUCUACCCAAAUUGCCUCAAUUUCAUGGCGUACGCUUGUUUAAUAUUAACAAAUAUUAAUUUCUGAAAUAGGUAUUUCUUGAUUAUUUUAUAAUAUGGCUAUGGAUUGUGCUGAAUUUAAGUUUAGAUUUGAGGUUUAUAAUUUCUGGAACAGACUGAGUUUUAAAAAUCAGAUGGACUUUAAAUAAUAGUUACGCAUACACACAAAAAAAUAUAUUAUAAGCAUUUCUUAUUUGCACCAUUGUUUUAAUGGAUGUCUAUUAAAUUGUUAUUAACUACAAGUUAAAAUGUAUUAAUUAUUUACAUCUUCUUUUUGAGAAAACUGCUUAGAUUUUCUGGUUUAUUGAAAUUAGAAAGAAAUAUUUAAUUACUAAUAAAAUUUUAUUAAAUGUACAUUAAUCAAUAUCUAUGUAAAUUUUUCUUUUUAUUUCUUGUUAUGAAAAAUAAAUGUAUUUAUGGAUGUCAUUCCUCUUCAAUUCCC